GACGAAAUAAGAUGAAUACAUUGUCAAAAGGAUUUAGGAUCAGUUAAUAAAUCAAUACAUGGUUAAAUCUCUCUGCAACCACAAACUUAAUUUGAAUCUACAAUUUCUUUAGGAGUUUGUAAUAUUCAGAAGUUUUUUCCAGUCCUGUAAUUUGAAGACCACAUACUGGAGUUAAAUAUUGAUAGCCCUUUUGGACUUUUGACAGCUCUUCAAUUAAUUUCUUCAAUUCAUCCUAUAUCUUAUUAUUCAUAUUAGUUUUCUAAUGUAAACUCCUUUAAUUUUAGUGAACAAGACUUUUAUUUUGGUCUGGCGAUGUGACGUCAUAAGGCUGCGCCGCGCUUCUGCGUCUGUGAUUCGGCUGAAGAAAGGACAAAGUGUUCAGACAGAAAAACUCCUGACGAAUUAACUGAGAUCCACAUAACGCACUGUUAUAAAGAUGCCAUUUAUUAAAGAGGAGAGUGAAGACAUGAAGAGUGAAGAAACAUUCAGAGUCAAACAUGAAGAUACUGAGGAACAAACAAAGAUGGAGUUUAUUAAAGAGGAGAGUGAAGACAUGAAGAGUGAAGAAUUCAGAGUCAAACAUGAAAAUACUGAGGAACAAACAGACCUGAUGACAAUGAAGGAGGAGAGUCGAGAUCUGAAUGAAAUGGAAGAGAAUGGUAUUAAACAUCACGAUUUUAUAACUGGAGAAAAAUCUUUUAGUUGUUUGCAGACUGAAAAGACUUCCUCUCAAAAAAGAGCUCAGAAGACUGGAACUACAAGCCUUUUCAUCUGCCAACAGUGUGGAAAGAGUUUUAGAAAAAAUGGAAAUCUUAAAGUCCACAUGAGAGUUCACACUAGAGAGAAGCCUUACACCUGCCAACAGUGUGGAAAGAGCUUCUCACGAAUUGAUAUACUUAAGAGUCACAUAAGAAUUCACACUGGAGAGAAGCCAUUUGUAUGUGGUCAAUGUGGAAAACGUUUCUCACACAAAGCAACCUUUUAUAGUCAUAUGAGAAUUCACACUGGAGAGAAGCCUUACACCUGCAAACUGUGUGGAAAAACCUUGAAUCAAAAAGGAAUACUCAAGAUUCACAUGAGAAUUCACACUGGAGAGAAACCUUACACCUGCCAACAGUGUGGAAAGAGCUUCCUACGAAUGGAUAACCUUAAGAGUCACAUGAGAAUUCACACUGGAGAGAAGCCAUUUUUAUGUGGUCAAUGUGGAAAAUGUUUCUCUCAUAAAGCAACCUUUUAUAGUCAUAAGAGAAUUCACACUGGACAGAAGCCUUACACCUGCAAACUGUGUGGAAAAACCUUGAAUCAAAAAGGAAUACUCAAGAUUCACAUGAGAAUUCACACUGGAGAGAAGCCUUACACCUGCCAACAGUGUGGAAAGAGCUUCCCACGAAUGGAUAAUCUUAAGACUCACAUGAGAAUUCACACUGGAGAGAAGCCAUUUGUAUGUGGUCAAUGUGGAAAAUGUUUCUCACAUAAAGCAACCUUUUAUAAUCACAUGAGAGUCCACACUGGAGAGAAACCUUUCACAUGUGAUCAGUGUGGAAAGAGUUUUAGAAAAAAUGGAAACCUUAAAGUCCACAUGAGAAUUCACACUGGAGAAAAGCCUUACACCUGCCAACAGUGUGGAAAGAGCUUCCCACGAACUGAUCGUCUUAAGAGUCACAUGAGAGUUCACACUGGAGAGAAACCUUUCACAUGUGAUCAGUGUGGAAAAUGUUUCCCAUAUAAAGAAAGCCUUAAUAAGCACAUGAAGAUCCACUUAAGAGAGAGCUGUUUUAUAUGCCAUCAGUGUGGAACAAGUUUCACAGACAGGAAUCACCUUAAGACACACAUAAUGACUCACAUUGGACAUGAGCCUUUUAUGUGUUAUGACUGUGGUAAGACUUUCGUAAAAAAAGCAAACCUCAAGACUCACAUGAGAGCUCACACUUAAGGGAAGAUUUUCACCUGCCAACAGUGUAGAAAGAGUUUCAGACAUUAAAAAAAAAAUUCUACCAGUGGUGUGCGGUCAUGUUCUGAAAUGAGGAGGAACGUUUUUUUUUUUUAAUCCAAUGUAAAUUCAUGUCCCAGUCACAUUUUCUUGGUUAAAUAACCAUUACUUAGAAUUUCUUUUUUUUUUUUUCAGAUGGUCUAUUUUAUAUUUUUACAUGAACAAUGUAAUCAAUAUUCUAUUAAUUAAAGCAAAGUAUGAAUUUCA